CACAUUCCAAUUCAUGUUAAACCCAUGCCUCCUCUCACAUUGGAUUGGUGUUCAACGUGAAGGAAUGGUGAUUCAAAUUCAGCUUUAGUCUUUAUUUGUAUAUUUUUUACUAAUUUUUUGUAUUUACUUGCAGCAUGAGUUUCUUAAAAGACCCAUAUGCAUUUAUAUGCAUUUUUCAGACUGUCCUGAGUUCCAUAAAUUACAGAUUUAUUCUAUUUACAGCAGGAUAUGAACCCUUAGAGUCAAUUGUUCGUAGCAUUUCUACCACCGAAGCACCAUUUGAGCUGAAAAAUUGCAGCGACGAUUGUGUUCCUCUAGUAAUGGGCGACUCUUGUGUUUUUUCGGCGUUAGAUCUGUAUCAAGUAGUCAAGGCAAAGUCAAGAUCCGUAUGCCCAGAUUUGCAAAAAACAAAAUGGUUUAAUAUGAUCGAGAGUAGACAAUUUCAAUACCUGAGAAACUUGUUUUUUUUAUAUACAAGCAUCACCUGGUGAGAUAAAGUUUGUUUGUUGUUAAUACUGAAGUAAAGACCAUAAUUCAGUGGCUUGCAGCUUCUCAGGUAAUUUUAUAUUUUUACCUAUUAUUGUAACAGAUAAUUUUAGGAAUCCCCUUUUUUUUGUGAUAAACAAUACGUUCUUGUUGAAAACGUUGUGGCAUACAAUUCAUGAUUUAAUUAGUUUCUGUAUUUGAUUUCUUUCUCUUUUCUGGAUGAUCAAUGUGAUUGAAGUAUUGAAAUUUUGAUAAC